AAGGCCAGUAUUAAGAAAAAUACAUGUUUCUCUGAGUUCGAAGAUUCCUAGUAUUCAAGGACUAAACUGACAGUUGGGAUAAAGAAAGGGGCCAUGGCAGAUCUGCUAUCAUGGCUACUUUCCUUCUUCAUCCUUAUUAUUACCCUUGGUAUUGUUCUUUACCAGCUGAUGUGCUUGGCAGAUUUGGAGCUUGAUUUCAUAAAUCCAUAUGAUUUAGCAACAAGAAUUAACAAGGUUGUUAUGCUGGAGUUUCUAUCUCAUGGAAGUUUAUGUGUACUCCAUCUCUUAUCUGGACAUUGGCUUAUGUUCCUACUAUGCCUUCCCUAUGUAUAUUACAAUGCAACAUUGUACAGUCAGCGACAACAUCUUGUGGAUGUAACUGAAAUUUUCAACCAAUUGAAGUGGCAGAAGAUGCAAAGGAUAUGCAAGCUUGGAUACCUUGCAUGUCUUGUCAUGUUAUCAAUAUUCUGGAUGAUUUGGAGCAUUCUGGAUGAUGAGGAAAUGUGAUAGAUCUCUCCUAGUGUGUGUUCCUGCUAUCAGAAUUGACAGGUGACAGCAUGGUGGGGUUCAACACGUUCCAGAAUCUGGACUCGAAGUUUUACCUCUAUAUAGGCUGAGCCUCGCAUAUCGAAGGAAAAAGUUAGCAUGGCUAGGUUCCGUCUCUUAUAAUAUCUGUAAACAGCCGAGUUUGUAAAUUUAGUCUUUAGUUAGCCACACUGAGCCCUAUUAUUUUUAUGGAGAGAGAGGAUCAUGUACUGGGCUGAGGUGAUUACUCUUUUUUUUUUCUUGUUCUCCUUUUGUAGUACUUUGUAAGUUUAUAGAGAUGAUGUGAUUAAUAUAUAAAAUGCAAACAGAAUGACUAGAUCCAAA